AUGGGCGGCAGCUCGAGCACGGCAAAAGGCCUCGACCAGGCCCAGAGGAAUGCGAGCCUCAGGCAAGGGAAGGUGGCCAUCUCGGGUCGCUACCACAAGCUGCCCAGGAGAAUGGAGGACGAGUACAAGUUGGACUCGAAGGUGCUCGGCACUGGCUACAACGGCUCCGUGUUUCUGGCGGAGCACAGGGAAACCAAGCUGAAGUAUGCUGUGAAAGGCUUCCAUCUUCACGGACUCAAUUCAGAGAAGCGGGAAGAAUUGGAGUCCGAGGCUGAGAUUUUCCUCAGCAUGGACCACCCGCACGUUGCAAGGCUAGUCGCAGUUUACGAGGACGAGAAGAUGCUCAACCUCGUCCGCCCCUUGUUAUGCUUGAUGCAGCUGUCUCUUCGCAGAGUGGGCGCGGACUGA